AUGUAUCGUCAUUACUAUCGAGGAGGUCCUUGUUUUGGAUUUGGUGGGUUAUUCUUAUUAGGUGGUGCUUUCUUUUUAGGUACGGUUUUUGCUGGUGGCCAUAACCAUCACCACGAUGGCCCAUUUUGGUUUAGAAACCAUCAUCAUCAUUAUGCUUGUCAAUGUCCUGAGUGUGUUCGUAGAUUGGAAUAUAGAGCCGAAUGUGAAAGAGAAUACUACUAUAGAAAAUAUGGCAAGGAUACUCGAAGAGAUACUGCCAAUGAUCCAAAAAGCAAUAGUGAUUACAAAGAAUGA